GCCAAUGAGGGCGCGGAGUUGCUGCUGGGCUCGCCUUCCCUCCGCGAGCCCUGCGGCGGGGCCUACCUCCUCCCGCCAGCGGCUGCGGCGCAGGCUGCCCUCGCGGCUCCCGCGGCGGGCUGCGCUCCCUCCCUCGGGCCCCCCACCUGCAGCGGCCCGACGGGCUUCGCCCCUGCCCGCCGCCGGCUUCCCGCUAGCCUGGCCGAGCCAUGCUGCUCCUGGCGGUCGCCUUCAUCGUGGCCUUCGUCCUCCUGCUCUACAUGGUGUCGCCGCUCAUCAGCCCCAAGCCCCUCAAGCUGCCCGGCGCUCACGUCGUGGUAACUGGAGGCUCCAGUGGAAUUGGAAAAUGUAUUGCUAUUGAAUGUUAUAAGCAAGGCGCUUUCAUAACACUGAUUGCAAGAGAUGAGAACAAGCUGUUGCAGACAAAGAAGGAAAUAGAAAACUAUUCUGUUAAUGAUAAACAGGUUGUGCUGUGUAUUUCUGUUGAUGUAUCUAAAGACUAUGAACUAGUGGAGAACGUUCUAAGACAGGCUCAAGAGAAGCUGGGGCCAGUUGACCUGCUUGUAAACUGUGCAGGAACAUCAGUUACAGGAAAAUUUGAGGACAUUGAAGUGAAUUCCUUUGAAAGAUUAAUGGGAGUCAAUUAUCUGGGUAGUGUUUACCCAAGUCGUGCGGUAAUUGCUACCAUGAAGGAACGACGGAUGGGAAGGAUUGUGUUUGUAUCAUCUCAGGCUGGGCAAUUGGGCCUAUUUGGCUAUACAGCUUAUUCUCCAACAAAGUUUGCUCUUCGAGGACUGGCUGAAGCCCUGCAAAUGGAGGUAAAACCGUACAAUAUCUACAUAACAGUGGCCUAUCCUCCAGAUACUGACACACCUGGCUUUGCAGAAGAAAGUAAAACAAAGCCUUUAGAGACGAAGCUAAUUUCUGAAACCUCAUCUGUUUGCCAAGCAGAACAAGUGGCCAGAGUUAUAGUCAAAGAUGCCAUACAAGGGAACUUUAACAGCUCAGUUGGAUCAGAUGGUUACAUGCUAUCAUUAUUGACCAGUGGAAUGUCACCAGUCACUUCUAUUACUGAAGGUCUUCAGCAGGUUGUUUGCAUGGGCAUUUUUCGCAUCAUUGGCCUAUUUUACCUAGGAAGUUUUGACAGCAUAGUUCGUCGCUGCAUGAUGCAAAGAGAAAAGUCUGAAAGUGCAGAUAAAACUGAAUAAUCUUUAUUGUUAAAUAGAAAGAAGAAUGUUAAACAGUCCUGGACAGCUUGCUGCUUAAGUGGGAUCCAGUUUAUCUCCUGAAGGCUUUAGAUUGAAAGUAUUCCGAUAUGUGACAGAUGAGUCCCCUCAAAAGCAAUGAAUGAAAAUGAAAGUACAACUCCAGAAAAUGCCAAACUAUGCAAAAGUGUGAGUACGGAUUAGCUAGUUUCUGGUGGGGGUGACUGUGAGUUGGAGAAAAUUUUGGGAACUUCUUUUAAAUGAUUUGAAGAGGAGAAUUUCAGAAUGGACUGUGUGUGGUAAUUCUGGACAAAUGCUUAAGUUUUCUCACAUUGGUGCUUACAGAUGAAAUAAGUACCAUGAUUUUCUGGGCUGAAAUAGAUUGAAGUCCCUGCAACAAGUUGGUACUUGUUGCUAACAUCUUGGGACUGUUUUUAAUUUAGAAUGUUAACUUUUCCUUUGGCAAAUCUACAGAUCCUUCUGUCCAUGACAGCUUUCCUCAUUCUGUUCAACAUGCAAGUAUGGAAACCUUAAGAUGGCAGAUACAUUUGUAUGAUCCAAGCCUUCUCAGUCUGGGAAUAAUUAAGAAGUAUGCAUUAAUAUAUGCAUACUUUCUAAAGGGAGAUGAAGAACCCAUUCCCACAGAGAUGCUAGGAGAUGUGACUGGGUCUGUAGCUCUUCUGGCCUUUCAAGUAUAUUAUGAACAGAAAAAUCAAACCAGUAUCACAGUGUUUUAUGACUUUCAGCAUUUUAAGCCAUUGAAAUUAGUGUAUAACUUCUUCAGAUGCUUACUAUUUUCUUACCUGCCAGUUUUUGCUCUGGAAAGGAAAGUAGCAUUAUGCUACUGUUAUGGACACUAUUUUUAAAAACUGCAAAUGAUGAGCCAAACUAGUUGAUGAUGGAAUCAAUUGUAAUUAAAAUGCCGGGCUUUUCCAGUAGCAGGAAUGUAGCUUUUGGGGUAGCUAGGGAGGGGGGAUGUCAGAAUGGCAUUCUGUACUUAACUUUAUCACUUCACAAAAAACUUUCACAUGGCAAGAAUUGGUUUAAAUUACUCUCUUCUCUCUUAAUUUGUUUCACUUGCAUUGUAUGAAUCAAGGCUGCUGCAUAACUGUGCCAGAAUACACAGAACCCAAUGGUUGUUCCUAAUAAAUCUAAGCAUCUAACAUUGGAAAAGCUUGAUGCAUAACACUGAUGUUAAAGGGUGCACUGUAUAUACUGUUCAUUUAGCAGACCACUAUAGCAAGUGCCUUGUGAGCCUUUUUUUUCCCAAAAGCUGCACACUUUGUAUUUAACACUGCUGUGUUUUUAAAUGUCCUAUUUUCAGUCCAUACUCUGAAUCUAUAAUUGCUGGUAAAACUUGGCACUUUCACUUUCUCAAAAGUAGAAUUUACAGCCAAAUAGGCAAAAUUGAUUACUUUUAUGAAGAUACUCUCUAAACCCAUUUAAGGAGGAGUAUUCAAUUGCACUAAGAUGAGAGACCAUAGGUGGUUAACAACUGGAACAACCUUUAAAAUGUAACUUACUGAGGCUGUUUAUUUUCCCUUUCUCAAUUCAGUUGAUCACUUGUUUUUGUUCACAUGGACUAAACUUAUUUCAAUAUCUGGUUUACAAACAAUAGCUGGGUGGCUGUCACAUUGGCAGUCUCAUUUUAUAUUGUUAGACUUGCAUUAGAUUGCAAAUGUUGAGGCAUUGCAGAAUUCUUCACAAAGCCUAUACUUUAGGACCUGCCUCCUGAUUUUUUUUUUUUUUUAGAUAUGUGAAGUUGUGCAUGCCUAUAAUAAUUUUGAGAACAGUGUGUAUUCCUGUAUUUUUAAACAACUGAGUGUUAGUGCAAAGAAAUCUAGUCCACAUACACAUUUUCUGUGCUGCUUAACAUGAAUGGCAUAUAAUGGAGCAUUUAUUGUACAUGCAUUGUCAGCGUUGCUAUGUUUCUUAAAGAGACAUAAGAAUGCUUUUGGGACCCUAUUAUCUAUGUUAGUUUUUAUCUUUUAUCAGAUGUCAACGUAAAUCAAAUAUUUCUUUGAACAUCUGCAAAAGGAUACCAAAAAUGGGUGAAUCGGUUGUUUUGUAGUUUGAAAGAAAUGCUAACGAAAAUGACUUUACAUCAACACAAGCAUGAAGGCCAGGACUUAAAACCAAUAAGACUUUGGCAGAUACUUGAAUUUUUGGAUUUUCAACUUGGGUUCUUAAGGAGUUUGCAUUUAAGAAAUGGUAAUAAUAAUCGAGAAAGCCAGAGCGUGCACACUAUGAAAACUGUGCCUCUUUAUGUUAUUUCAAGUGGGACAUCUUAAAUCACCAGUCACCUUUUCUGAAAGUUUUGACUGAACACUUCUGCAAAUAAUGAUUGAUAUAAUUUGGUACAGGUAUUUUUAAAGAAAGAAAAAUAAAUACUGGGUGAAAGUUUUGUCCCUGGUAGAGACUUAGGAAGUUCACACCUAAUUCUGCAUAGUGCAGGUAGUUGCACUGACUGUAAAACUGUAGAUUAAGUCCCAUAGCAAUUCUGGAAGUUUGAACCAGGCUGGUGCGGGGUGUGUGUGUGUGGUUUGUUUGUGAGGCUUUUUCUUUUUUGUGGAAAAAUGAUCCUUAAGUGUUCUCAUUUUCAUUGUUACAAAUUACUGCAGUUCACUUUAACUGAUAAACUUUGCAUCUGUCCUGUUGUCAAAACAGAGUAACUUGUAACUCCAGCAACCUAAUACCAUUUAGGCAUUUUGUUUUCUUAUGCCCAUUCUUGAUCUACCAACAUGGUCGUUUUAAGGUCCAGUAUUAAGUGAAGGAGAUGCCUUGUGGUCUUGUGGAAAAAUGAUUAACUGCCUAAAAAGUUUGCCAGUCUAAAUGUAGUAAAACCCCUGCAUCCAAAGGUUUUAGCAGCAUGUUAGAUCUGUGAAGAACUUCAAAUAGACUUUAUUACUUUUAGUCAAAUUGUCAGUAAUUUAAUCUAUACGUGUGCCAUAUGUGUCAGUCUUGUCUCUUCUUUAGUUUUUCUUUUUUUCCCCCUCCUCCCGCCCCCCCCCAGUCAGUCUUUAAGAUUCAAUUUAGGAUUUGAUAGUUGAACCAAAUCUUCUUCCAUUCAAUGUAGUUUCUAAUGACUGUUUGCUUUAAAUACAGAUUUAUUAUAACUUUACAAAUAGUUUACUUCACCAAGGUGUUCAUGUGCAAUUUAAAUAGAUAUAAUAUUUUACUAAGAAAAAAGAAAUAGAUAAAUAAAGUUAUUUGCUGUGAAAAACUACAGGCACUUUUAAAGCGUAAAAAUGUAUAGCAUUAUUUGUAAAAAGAAACUUUGUGCUUAUUGCUUCAUCAUUUUUGUGCCAGAACUGUAAACUAGUUUUCAUAUUUUGUAUUACUCAAAUAAAUGGAGAAUCAACAAAGCUUAUAA